CGUUCAAUAGUUCUGCGAUCGCUUAGAAUCACUAGAUUUCCACGGUUUUCCCAGAAUCCGGGAAGAUGGACAAAACAAGGAGUGCUUUUUGGAGUAGAUGUAAGAUCCAAAUACAUAUUGUCAGGAAUUAAAGGUGGACAAAAGAAGGGUCGUCAGUCGUCUGCUGAUGAGGAAGAUGAGUUCGAAAUCAUAGAAGACUUUGAUGAGAACAUGAUUGAUAAAGAUGAAGAGUACAACUUUAUUGCCAGCAAUGCUUUGCACAUCACUCAGAACAUCCUCAAUGAGCAGUACAUUUUACUCAUUCAGCCCUACAUCAAGUGGGGACCCCAGAAGUCUCCAACAUCGCCGGAACUAAAGAUAGAUGAGGCAGAAGCUCUGGUGAGAUCUGUGCCCAGAUGGCAUGUGAGGAAGACAAUGAAGGUGCCUCUGGAGACUUUCAGCAAAAAGACUCUCUUCGGCAAAGGCAAGAUUGAAGAGAUAAAAGCGACUAUUAAUGAAUUGAGGGCUUCUGGACGCGCAGUCACGCGGAUUUUCAUCAGUAAAGGAGUAAUCCAUGGUGUUCAGAAAAGAUUUCUCGAGACAACCUUCCAUCUGCCCAUUUUAGAUCGCUACUCCAUGGUCAUUCAGAUCUUGAGGCUUCAUGCAACGUCUUCUGAGGCGAAAUUACAAGUGGCCAUGGCGGAGAUUCCCUACAUUUGGGGCCAGACAAGACCCAAGGAUGCGAUUGUAGGGAAGCUGGAUGAUUUGGUGUUGUCGGACGCCCAGAGAAUUCUCCUGAGCACUCGAGAAAGGAAGCUAAAGAAGGCGCUGGAAAACGUCAGAGCUCAGAGGAAGCUCUUGAGGAAGAAGAGGCAGAGCAGGAACUUUCCGGUUAUAGCUGUUGUGGGGUACACAAACGCCGGAAAGACUUCUCUGAUUAAGGCUCUAACGAGAGAAGUUUCUCUUCAACCACGGGAUCAGCUUUUCGCCACUCUGGACGUCACUGCUCACGCUGGAAGGCUUCCCUGUAAGCUGGAAGUUAUCUUUAUGGACACUGUAGGCUUUAUGUCUGACAUCCCAACUGAAUUGCUAGAAUGCUUCAUUUCUACCCUCGAGGAUGUGAUGCUAGCAGAUGUUAUUCUCCACAUCCAAGAUGUUUCACAUGGAAACUGUGCGGAACAGCGAAAACAUGUGGAAACCACACUCCGUGAGCUCGUAGGGAAAUUUAGCGAGAACCAUGAGCUCGACAAUAUCAUAAAUAUUGGAAAUAAAGUGGAUAAACUGCCAGCAGACGGAGACAUCAGAGCCAAAUUCCCAGAUCUGCACAUGAUCUCUUCGCACACUUUGGAGGGAGUGAGAGAUUUGCUGGACAACAUUGAGACGAUGAUUCUGCAGCGAACCCAGCGAUCUCAUAUCAUCAUAAAGGCUUCAAUGGGUGGCGAAGAAGCGUCGUGGCUGUACAAGAAUGCCACUGUUGUGGACACAGAGGCUGAUCCCGAUGAUAAUCAAUAUAUGAGACUCCACGUAGUUAUCGCCGACCACACCUUUCAGCAAUUUAAGCACCGUUUCUUAAGAAAUGGCAAGAAAUAGUCGUAGUGAAGAUUAAAUGCUAGUUUCUUACAACUCCUUAUUU